AUGGCAACGAGACCACCUGGUAGAGUAGAUGGAAAGCACUUCGCUAGCUCGAAGGGCAGACUGACCCUCGACAUUCACGACCGCGAUCCUUUUGACAAAAGGUCUCAUGAAAGUGCCUAUCGAGGUGCAUUGCUUUUCAUCAGUUCGGAUAAUACAACUGAUCCAGUCGCCUUGAACUGGGAUUGUGGUGGUUCCCCGGGUCUGCGUUGA